AUGUGUGAUGUCGAGGGCGAGUCCUCCUCCAAUGCUGAUGAGCCUGCAGAUCCUAAAGCCCGUGCUCGCUGUGGACAAUUUGUUUGGCCUUGUCCCCGUCAGUACCUGGCCGAUGCAGCUUCCCGCAAAUCUCGCAAUUGCUUGAUUCCUGCUGAUCUCAGCAACGAGGAAGCUGGAAAGAUGUUCCUCCAGGCUCUCGCAAAGUGCAACCAGCAUUCGAAUAUCAGUCGACUGCAUGUCUUUGACGAGCCACACAAGAAGUACGACAAGGAGACGGGCCAACGAGCCCGACACAAACACUUCAUCUUCAAAUUUGUGAGGCCGUUUGCUCAUGUAAGACUGGGUCAUCUAUUGGCGCAAGGUGGCGUGCAUGGCCAUUUUUCUUUCAACUUGGUCGGCUACCAAGCGUACCUCAAGUAUUGUUUGGUGGCCAGUGCUCAUAAGCUCGCAGCAGACUUGGACAAACAUCCGUGGCAUUGGCCUUCUCAUGUGACGACACCACAGCUCAUGCAACUCUGUCAGCAGUCCGUACCGCAGAUGGAAGCUCGUAAUGGCCAACCUGGAAAGAAGCGAACGUUGAUGACAUUUUCAGAAAUUACGGAUGCAUUUGUCGAACAUUCUGUGCAAACUUGCAAAGACGCUUGGCAACUUGCUAAAGCGCGGAAGAUUUCAGGAGACGAGACGCUUUGGAAUACACUCGGCGCCCAGGCAAAUGUCGCAGGCUUGGUUCACAAAGUCUUGAGUGCGUGGAAUGCUGAAAACAUGGAUUCUGGAAGCUUCGUGGCCGUUCCAGAUUUUUUCUUGUCCAGCUUUGUUCCUUUGCCACAGAUCCAUGAGCGCUUGCCUUGGUGGCAGCAGGGCGGUUUCAAAGAGGUCACGUUGAUUUUGGAGGGACGUGGUGGUCUGGGCAAAACGGAAUUCGCUUGCGCAUUGAUGCACGCUUGUGUGGGACAAGUCGGAUUUCAUUUCAUCAAUCGCCUGGACCGUCUGCGGGACAUCAGCUUCGGCCCCAAACAAGGCCUGGUGUUCGAUGAAGCCUGCAUGGCAGAACGCUCCAUUGAUGAUGUCAAAGGUCUAGUCGACUUGUCAAAGACCCGUGAUAUUGUGGCCAGAAAUGCUGAUGGAACGAUUCCCAAGCAAACUCCUCGCAUUUUCUCCACCAAUUGGACUUGGGAUCGCUUUUGGCCGAAAGAAGUCGGCACGGUAGAACACAACACGGCCAUCAAUCGGCGAGUUUUGUGGGUGCGCGUAAACGAGGACAUCCGUUUGCUCGCAAAGUCCCAUGGACCUGUGCGCCAGGACGAGGACGACGACGAGGACGAGGAGGACGUGUUUGGACACAGCCGGGAGGCAAUCUGA